AAAUUCUUCUUUGUAAUGUUAUGAUUUUUGAAAGUAAACGAGUCUGAUUAUUACCCCAGUUUUGUACGUGGUAACGAUAAAAGAUUCGUUAGUUCGGCGUACCAUUUGUUGAAUUGAACGAGAUAAAUGGCUAAUCUAAGUGAAUUAAAAUCAAUAUGGAGAAACGCCGAUGCCAUUACCUUCGAUGUCGAUUCGACUGUGAUACAAGAGGAAGGAAUUGAUGAACUUGCAAAGUUUUGUGGAAAAGAAAACGAUGUUAUUGCGUUAACAAAUCGGGCUAUGCAAGGAGAUCUGACAUAUCGACAGUCUUUGGUUGAGAGGUUAAAUAUUAUAAAACCAAGCUUUAUGCAAAUAAAGCAAUUUCUGACCUCACGUCCAUUAAAACUUUCACCUGGAAUUAAAACACUGAUAACAGCUCUACAAAUUCGUGAAAAGCAAGUAUUUUUGAUAUCCGGUGGAUUUCGUUCUUUAAUUGCACCAAUUGCCACAUGUCUUCAUAUUCCAUUAGAAAAUGUUUUUGCAAACAGACUUAAAUUCUAUUAUACAGGAGAAUAUGCAGGAUUUGAUGAAGAUCAACCUACUGCAAUAAAUGGUGGGAAACCAAAAAUAAUAGAGCAACUCAAAAAUGAAAAAGGAUUUACAACUGUUGUUCAUAUUGGUGAUGGAGCAACAGAUUUAGAAACUAUUUCAGUAGUAGACCUAUUUAUAGGAUAUGGAGGGAAUGUAAUCAGAGAGAGCGUAAAACAGCAAUCAUUAUGGUAUAUUACUGAUUUUAAUGAACUUGUCAAUAUUUUGUAAACUUAAACAAUAUAAUAUUUCUUAUAAAUAUUGCGAUAUUUGAACAAUUUUAACAAUAAUCAAU